AUUUACUGUAUGAAUAAAAAUUAAGACGUGAUUUGUGUGAACAUAUUUUUUGGAUUAUAUUCGAGUAUCUAGAUUUGAAAAACAAAACAACGUAAAUGUACAAACAAAAGUGCCGAUGGUUUUAUCAUAAAUGAUGGGACAUUAAUGUACAUUGUCAACCAUGAGUACUUGGUGCUGUUUCGUGAUCAUGUUAACUACUAUGAGUCACGCUGCGGUCCUCAAAUCACCACAUCCAAAUGAGGAAAAGGAGGUUCAUGAUCGCCUUUAUUGGUACGCUCAAGCAGAGCAAACGCUCCAAAAGCGUUUACAAUACGCCACGGACAAGAAUCCAGUUGCCAAGAACAUAAUUAUUGUGGUGGGUGAUGGUAUGAGUUUGACGACGGCCACAGCGGCCAGGAUAUUGCGAGGUCAACGAAAGGGGCUCCCCGGAGAGGAUACAGAUUUGAUUUGGGAUACAUUUCCCGCAGUAGCUCUUGCUAAGACGUAUAAUAUUGACGCUCAAACGGGUGAGUCGUCAGCUUGUGCUACAGCUCUUUUCUGCGGAGUCAAAGCCCGAUAUGAAACUGUAGGUGUCGAUGCUGGAGCACGCUUUAACAACUGCGCUUCGACUAUUAACAACAAAGUUACAUCGUUAAUAGAUUGGGUUCACGCUGCAGGUAAAUCAAGUGGGAUCGUAACAACAUCUAGGGUGACCCAUGCUACACCCGCGGCGCUGUACGCUCACUCGCCAUCACGAUUAUGGGAGGACGACAGCCGCGUCCCGCCAACUGUCCGACGUGACUGUAAAGAUAUUGCUUUACAGCUUCUCGAAAAUGAACCAGGAAAUAGUAUAAAAGUAAUUAUGGGAGGUGGAAGAAGGCAUUUCUUGUCAAGAAUUACAACGGACCCAGAGUAUCCAGACAAAGAGGGAAAAAGACUCGAUGGACGUAACCUUGCUGAGGAUUGGGUCAGAGACAAAAAGAAGAGACAACAACGUGCCCAGUACAUUUAUUCGCGGGACCAGCUCGCCAAGGUCGAUCCACGAACUACUGAUUAUUUAUUAGGUUUAUUCGAGUACAGUCAUAUGGAUUUUAACGUUGAUCGCGAUAAGAAAGACGAGACGAAUAAUAACAAAGAUAGCGAUCCUUCGCUGGCUGAUAUGACUAGAAUGGCAUUGUCAAUACUAUUGAAGAAUGACAAAGGAUUUUUCUUGUUUAUUGAAGGAGGAAGAAUCGAUCACGGUCAUCAUAAUAAUAAUCCACAUAGAGCUCUCGAUGAAACGUUGGAAAUGGAAACUGCGCUUCUAGCUGCUUUGGAACGAGUUAAUCCUGCGGAGACGUUAAUCGUAGUCACAGCAGAUCACGGACAAGUAAUGACAUUUGGCGGUUAUGCCACACCCAGAGGUCAUCCAAUUCUAGAUGGUGAUAAAUAUGUAUCAGAUAUUGAUGAUUUGGGGUAUACAACAAUACUUUAUGGAACUGGCCCUGGACAUUCUGAACCGAGGACAUUGCCUAGUAACGGCACUAAGUAUAUACCGAAGCAUGAUGUGAUCCACAGCUCCGCUGCGCCUAAGAUGUGGUCCACACAUGGCGGAGAGGACGUACCAGUUUAUGCUUUCGGACCUAUGGCAACAGUGCUAUUUACGGGAGUGGUGGAGCAAAGCUACAUACCACAUGCGAUUGCUUACGCAGCUUGUCUAGCUCAUCAGGCCCAUCGGUGUACUAGCAAUAAUACAACCGAAAAAAAGGUAACUCAGAAUUGCAUCCAACCCGAGGUUACACAGACAGCAGUUGCAGACGAAAAGAAAAGCGAUGAAUCAAGAAAAAAUAAAAUAAUCAUCGCUUCAAGUGUUAGGUCGGAUGAACGAAUUCAUUCUUUAGCUCAAGUUUUCAAACCUUUGGUGAUUUUAAUAUAUUACGUUAACUUUUUAUCAUUACAUUUAGUGAUAAAUUACUUAAGCGCAGGUUAAUACGCUUCUUUUGUGCAUUACCGUGGGCUCCCACUGCCGGAAUACCUGUAUGAGAAGUUUGUUAUCUCCAAGUUUUCAAAGAGAAUUUUAGGAUUGGCAUGUUCUGUACAGGCAAAAUCACGGUUUAAUGUUGUGUAAAUGUUUGUCCAUCAUAAGUGUAAAAUAAAUGUAUUAGAUAAAUUAAAUUAAUUAAAAUGAA